CCUUCAUUGAAUGGAAUAUGAAGCCAAUUGAUUGAAUAAUACCCUAGUACUAUAUACUUCUAUUAUGAGUCAUUUCUAAAUCAUUCCCAAGAACGUAAAUCAAAAUAAAUAUAGCUAGCUAUCACAUUAGCUGAGAGCCCUAUAAUUUUUAAUUUCAUCACGCAACAUGGAGCAGGGAGCUUCUAUGAAGCUAUCUUUUCUGAUUGUCAUCCUCAUGGCUUUCGCAUCAUUUCUUUCUCCAUCUGUAGCUGAAGCACGACAGAACAACAAUAACCAUGGAUAUGGCAGUAAUAAGGCGCACCGUGGUUCUGUGAAGUCCUCCGAUCCUUUGCCGUCACCACCAUUGACACCAACAACAGUACCAACACCGUCACAGAAUGAUGGUGUGGCACCGUCAUUACCAACAUCAGUUCCUCCACAAUCAUUAGUUGAUCACAUAACAUUAUCUCCAACACCACUACCUAUAGAUGAUGAAGAUGAUGUAGAAACACCACCACCACUAUAUAAUCCUUAUGGUGGUGGAGCGCCCGUAAAUUCGCCACCAUGGUAUGAAACGGCCCCGCCAUAUGUACCCCAUGGUUGUGGCUAUGGCCCCUGUGUUGACUCUAACGAUUGCGAUUGGCCCUGUACAGUCUGUUGUUGGAAUCAAACUUGUUGCUAUGACUUGAUGUAGUAUAAGUAUCUAUAGAUACAAAACGUGCAUCAAACACCCAAAUACUCCCUCCGUCCUAUAAUAUAGUGCUUACUUCUCAUUUUUCACGAGAAUUAAGGAAAAUGGAAUGAGUGGUAGGAUUUCCAAAAAAAUAUAUUUAAUAAAGUGCUUUUUUGAUACUUUUGUAUUGAAACUAGUUAUUUAUUUUCUUUUUUUUAAAUAAAAUCAA